GGCGGGGCAGAGGAGUUGGCGCCGUUGGAAGAGCCUUUCCCGCCGCAACGCACACCCCUCCGCCGCGCCCGCUAAGGGGGCGUGGCUUCCGGGUGCCGAGUUCGAAAGAGGAGGCGGCGGGCAGCCGCCUGGCCAUGACCCAGUCGGUGGUGGUGCAGGUGGGCCAGUGCGGGAACCAGGUGGGCUGCCGCUUCUGGGACCUGGCGCUGCGGGAGCAUGCCGCCGUCAACAAGAAAGGAAUUUAUGAUGAGGCAUUAAGCAGUUUCUUUAGGAAUGUAGAUACAAGAAGUGGUGGUGAUAGUCCUGAUAUUUACAAAGGAAAAAUCUGCUCUUUAAAAGCACGAGCAUUGUUGAUUGACAUGGAGGAGGGUGUGGUAAAUGAAAUUCUUCAGGGACCAUUGAGGGAUGUGUUUGAUAGCAAGCAGCUUAUCACAGAUGUUUCUGGUUCAGGAAACAACUGUACUUUUCAUAUCUUCAGGGCUGUAGGUCAUAAGCUGUAUGGCUGUCGGUACCGAGAAAACAUUGUGGAAAAGCUGAGGAAAACUGCAGAACAUUGUGACUGUCUACAGUGUUUUUUUAUAAUUCAUUCUAUGGGAGGUGGAACAGGAUCUGGUCUUGGAACUUUUGUGCUAAAUUUGCUUGAGGAUGAAUUCCCAGAAGUAUAUCGAUUUGUGACUUCGGUUUAUCCCUCUGGUGAAGAUGAUGUUAUUACUUCUCCAUAUAAUAGUGUUCUGGCUAUGAGGGAGCUUAAUGAACAUGCAGACUGUGUGCUACCAAUAGAGAAUGAAUCUCUGUUUGAUAUAGUUAAUAAAAUUCAUCAGAUGACCAGUUCUGGGAAGCUAGGGUCAACUGUGAAGCAAAACAGCUUGGUAACAUCAAGUGCAAACAGUACAAAAGCUGUACAAGAGAAGCCGUUUGAUGCAAUGAAUAAUAUCGUAGCCAACUUGCUGCUUAACCUGACAAGCUCUGCUAGGUUUGAAGGCUCCCUUAACAUGGAUCUUAAUGAAAUCAGCAUGAAUUUGGUUCCAUUUCCUCGACUUCAUUACUUGGUUUCAAGCUUGACUCCUCUGUAUACGCUGGCUGAUGUUAAUGUACCUUCUAGAAAGUUGGAUCAGAUGUUUUCAGAUGCUUUUAGCAGAGAUCAUCAACUAAUUCAAGCAGAUCCAAAGCACAGCCUUUACCUUGCCUGUGCACUUCUCGUUCGAGGAAAUGUGCAGGUUUCAGACCUUCGCAGAAAUAUUGAAAGGUUGAAACCUUCCCUGCACUUUGUCUCCUGGAAUCAAGAGGGCUGGAAAACUGGUUUGUGUUCAGUACCUCCUGUGGGCCAUUCCCAUUCCCUUCUGGCUUUAGCAAAUAACACCUGUGUGAAACCAACAUUUAUUGAACUUAAAGACAGAUUUAUGAAGCUCUACAAGAAAAAGGCUCACCUUCACCAUUAUCUGCAUAUAGACGGGAUGGAGCAAAGCUGUUUUGCUGAGGCUGUAUCAUCUUUGUCUGACCUAAUAGAAGAGUACAACGAACUGGAUGCCACAAAAAAUGAGCCUAGAACAGAUCCACCAAGACUGAAGAUAGCUGUUUAAAGAAGGAAGAACUGGUUUAAACAAACAAACAAAAAAAUCCCUCAAGCAGCCAACAACUUCAGUUAACCAGAAUGAAGUGCAAUGCACAUUGUCAUUCCAAAGUGAGACUGGGACAGCGGCUUCCUCAGCUCUCUGAGAGGUGUCAUGUUAAGGGACAGGCCCAGCCUGUAAGAAAGAUUUGAAGGCACCUAAUUAUGGCGGAUAUCUGUAAGAGCAUCUAACUGUAGAGUAAAUUGACAUACUAUACGCUGUAAAGAGAAGAGAGGUUGUAGCAGGCAAAAAUGUAGUUCUUUUCUCAGACUUGCAGUUUAUGGUAAACUAAAGGCAGGCCUUCCUUCAAAGAAGGAUCACCAUUGCUAGAUUUGGUUUUUAGCAAGCAACUAUGAAGAGAAGAAAGCAAGAUGAAAGCAAGUCUCUGAAAAUGGUCUCUUAAACUUGACAGGAUGCUUGUCACUUCAGAAUGCUCUAAGCUAUGUUCAUAGUUUUAAUAUUUUUGCUUCUAUGUUGUACUUAACUGUAUAAGAGUAUUCUGAGUUUAUAUCAAAAUUAGCCAUAUUGUAAAAUUCAACAAAACACAUUUUGUUUCAAGUAUUAUACUUGGAGUAUUAAUUAACAUAUUAUUUUAAUGAUUCAUAUUCAUGAAUGCUGAGUUGUACUUGACAAUGAGAUAAUACAAAAUACCUCUGAGCAAAACAUGUACUUAUUAUGAAAUUAUAAUGACUGUUUGAAGAACAAAGUCUAUAUGCUUAAAGGAAUGCAAGUAAAAUUGAGUUUAAAAUAUUUAUAAUUACAAGGGUAAAGAGACUUUUAUAUUACAGUAAGACUUUUUACAAAAUAGAAUGUACAGCUAUUUCCAGUUGCUUGCCAGCCUUGGAUGUCUAAGAGCAGCAAGACUAGUUACAAAUCAAAAUGUAUCAAUGCGAUGAUUUCUUAAAGUGUGGAGUUGUUCUAGCAGAGCUGGAGUGGGUAUAUAAGUAAGCACAAUUUUCAAUGGAUAAGUCCAGGAGUAUUCAAUAAAACAUUUUUAUAAUAUUUGAAAGCUAUUUUUUUAAGAAAACAUUCUGAAAAUAGUAAUUUCCUUGAAAUUUUGCAGUUCUGUUAUCUGCAGGUGUCCACUUAUUUGUUCCUUUACAAGUGUGCAUUGUUUAUAUUCAUGACACUAGAGGAAGAUUAUCUGCUGCAAAAAGCAGUCUGUUCUUAAAAUUGACUUCUCAUGUUUGAAACAGCAUUUGUGUUUUACUCUUGCAGAUACACAGUAGAAAUGUUAAUUUGAGAAUCAAGAAUGAUAGAUGAAGUAUUACAGGGUGAUCUUUUUUCUAAUAAGCUAGUUGGGGCAUCUGUGAACUUACAUGUAUUCAUGGGUAAGAACUUGUUAUAGUGGGGUACAAAGCUGUCUUGCUGUGUUUUUACAAUUACCAGAAGUUCUCAUUUUGACAAUACUAGCGUUAUAUACCUACUUCUCAAUAAUGUAUUUCAAUAUAAAAACAAUUAAGUUUAAAAAGAUGCACUCUUACCUGCAUUUUCCAUGUGCUAUUUAAAAAAAGAGCAUUCACAUAUGUAGUUCUACUGUAAAUGUUGCUGUGGCAGGGGUUACACUAAUGCUUCAGGAUGUGUAUGUGCUGUUGCACUUGCAGUACAUUACAGUCAAUGGUGUAACUUGUCAUAAAACCGUGAGUUCGGAAAACACAUCUCCUGGAGCGCUGCAACUCCUCUGACAUACACACGAUGUUAUCCACAGCAUCCUCCACUUGAAGAAGCCUUCACUGGGACACUCAAAUUGUACAGUGAUCAUUUUGGACUUAUUCGGUAUGCAGCACCUCUUGUCCAAGCACGCCCCACAGAAAGUUAGUUUGUAGCUUUGAGUAGUUGAGCAUCCGGAAAAAACUAUUUUUUCUGCUGCAGGAAGCUGAAAUGUUGGUUGACAUGUUUUCCCUUUAGGAAUCUUCAAUAUAAAAGUAAAGAAAAGCCUGAGUUUUUACACAUCAAAACACAGUGUGUAAAAAAGUAUUGUAACAUUUGCAUAGAAAUGGCUUGAAAAUUGCUCGUUCUGAAAGCUGUCUUAUUUUUCUUUGUCAGCUAACAAAUAGAAAAUAUUUUCUGAGUAAGCAUCAGGGCAGCACUUAUAUUUCAGGAUAUUACAUUGUUUUGAAAUUACACUUUUGUACUUUACUAUUGAGACCUGAAGACCGAAGGUAGAAAACAGGGAAGAAUUAUUUUUAAACCCUUAAAAAAGGAAUGUCAUUUUAUGUUAGUAGUUGCUAAUAUGUCUGAUUUUCCAUUCUGCUAUUUUCAUUUUCUAUUAGGAAGUCCUUUUAUAUUAGAAAGUACCUUUAUUGUCUUCAGUAUAUUGGUCAGGCAAGGCUGGAUGAAGCAUAAUCUCUUUUCUUUUUUCAUUUCACAUUUUGUGUUGUCGUUGGUCACUCUGCUGGAUAUGCCAAUGCCGCAGGUCCUGGAACAGGGUGUCCAGGGUGUCGCCUGUACCAGGCACUUCUUCUUCAAAACUACCGGUAAGCUUCUGUAAGCUGAGACAGCAAUGUGUUGGUUAUACAGCACAACAGCACAAAAAUGAUUAAUUGAAAAUAAAAGAAUAAAUGUCUUAUUUCUGCA